CUAUUCUCUACCUAUCACUUUUCUUCUCUCUCUCUCAGCUUUGUAUGCAAAUAGUUUCUAUUUCUGGAAUACAAAGUUGGGCUAAUAAUUUGGUUUGAACUUUGAAGUGAAGGGUCUGACAACCUAUUAUCUGGGAAAAUGACGAGGAGAAAAAUUCAGAUUAAGAAGAUUGACAACAGGACGGCAAGGCAGGUGACAUUCUCAAAGAGGAGGAGAGGACUUUUUAAGAAAGCUUUUGAGCUCUCUACUCUCUGCGAUGCUGAAAUUGGUCUCAUGGUCUUUUCUGCUACGGGAAGGCUCUUUGAAUACGCCAGCUCAAGCAUGCAGCAGCUAAUCGAAAAGCAUAAGCUGCAUCCAGAUAACCUUGGUAAAAUGGACCUACCGUGUCUUGAGCUGCAGCUUGAGCACAAUACCUGCACCAUAUUGCGCAAGGAAAUUGAGGAGCAGACACAUGAACUGAGGAAGAUUAAGGGAGAAGAGCUCCAUGGAAUGGAUAUAGAAGAAUUAUAUAAACUAGAGAAAGAUCUUGAAGUAGGCCUAAGCCGUGUUAUAGAAACAAAGGGUGAAAAAUUUAUGGAAGAGAUCACUGCCCUUCAGCAAAAGGAAGCCCAACUCAUGGAAGAAAACCAACGACUAAAACAGAUGCAGAAUCUUUUUAGUGUUCAAACACAGGUACUUGAACAAGGUCAGUCAUCUGAGUCAAUCACCAAUAUUUGUAGUAUAUCUGAUCCUCCUCAAGACAAUGACAGCUCAAAGACUUCUCUCAAGCUAGGGCUACCUUUCCCUAACCAAAUUUGAAGUGUAGAGAAGAUCAAGAAGCAUAUAUGGAUACCCUUUUCUCAAGUUCAAGAAAAAGGCCAUGUUUAAGUGACAUUGUUCUAUUUCAUAGUCUUCCUUGACCCAUAAAAUGCAAGCAACAUCUUAUCAAUCACCGCCAAAGACAACUCAAGAUUGGCACUUCACAAGUUUCUGCCAUAUUUCACCAUUGCUUCUCUUGGCUGGCAAUUGUUAAGCACACAUCAUAUGUAUGUAAUUUGGUACUAACCAAUUACCACCAAGCAAAAACUCACCAAAAUGUUCGUUUAACAUGUCAUAGUUAGUUAAGAGACUCAGAAAUCAAAUAUUUGUAUUUUUUGUGCUAACAAGACUGUCCAAAACUCUUUAAGUAAUUAACUAUUCGUCAUGUGUU